CCGGAGGGUGGCUGUGCCACGGGCCCCAGCCCUGUUUCCCUUGUGUGCCCAGCUCUCCUCCCCCUUUCCCUGUAAGGAUGGCCCAGAAGGAGAACGCCUACCCCUGGCCCUACGGCCGGCAGACGACUCAGCCUGGCCUGAACACCCUGCCCCAGAGAGUCCUCCGGAAGGACCCUGCCACCCCGUCUGCGCUUGUCCUCAUGAGCCGCUCCAAUGGCCAGCCCACAGCUGCCCCUGGCCAGAAGGUGGUGGAGAACAGCAGUGGGACACCCAACUUCUCAACGCGCUCCUUCACCAUCGAGGACUUUGAGAUCGGGCGUCCUCUGGGCAAAGGCAAGUUUGGAAACGUGUACUUGGCUCGGGAGAAGAAAAGCCAUUUCAUUGUAGCUCUCAAGGUCCUCUUCAAGUCUCAGAUAGAAAAGGAGGGCGUGGAGCACCAACUGCGCAGGGAGAUCGAAAUCCAGGCCCAUCUGCAGCAUCCCAACAUCCUGCGCCUUUACAACUAUUUCUAUGACCGGCGAAGGAUCUACUUGAUUCUGGAGUACGCCCCCCGCGGGGAGCUCUACAAGGAACUGCAGAAGAGCCGCACUUUUGACGAGCAGCGAACAGCCACGAUCAUGGAAGAACUGGCAGAUGCUCUAAUGUAUUGCCAUGGAAAGAAGGUGAUUCACAGGGACAUAAAGCCGGAGAAUCUGCUCUUGGGGCUCCAGGGAGAGCUGAAGAUCGCUGACUUUGGCUGGUCUGUGCAUGCCCCCUCCCUGAGGAGGAAGACGAUGUGUGGUACCUUGGACUACCUGCCCCCAGAAAUGAUUGAAGGGCGCACGCACAACGAGAAGGUGGAUCUGUGGUGCAUCGGAGUCCUCUGCUAUGAGCUGCUGGUGGGAAACCCGCCCUUCGAGAGCGCUUCCCACAAUGAGACGUAUCGGCGCAUCGUCAAGGUGGACCUGAAGUUCCCCACCUCUGUGCCCAUGGGAGCCCAGGACCUCAUCUCCAAGCUGCUCAAGCACAACCCCUCAGAACGGCUGCCCCUGGCCCAGGUCUCUGCGCACCCUUGGGUCCGGGCCUACUCCCGGAGGGUGCUGCCUCCCUCCGCCCUUCAGUCUGUCCCCUGACUCGUCCCUGUCAUUUAUUCGGUUGUGCCUGUUUGUAUGCCCGUAUAUGUGGGGUUGGAAGGAGGGGUACCUGGCCUGUUCCUUUACUUGUCUUCUACCUCCUUUUUAUUUAAUAAAGGCUGAAGCUUUUUAUACGGAUGAGUUUAGAUGCUUUACAUACAGGUGGAGACUGCUGAGGGCUGGGGGGGGCCGGUGGGUGAGGAUUGCCCCUGCUCAGCUCUCCCUGGCCACACCCACCCUUGCCCUCGUUCUGCUUCCUGCUCCCCCCACCCCUUUCUCCCAUUGUUUCUUCCCCUGCUCUGGCUGCUGGAGCCUCCGCUCCCCUCGGCUGCUGCUGAACCCCAGCUGCACCUCUAGCCUUUCCUUCUGGUU